AAAAAGCAAGGUGCAGCCCGUCAUCAACAACCAAUUGAGAACAUCUAUUGUGUCAGAUGAUGCAGAAGGUUCUUUGCCUGUGCUUGCUGCUAAUAGGCACCUCAUAUGCAGCAAUAACAUGUAACCGAAGAUCCCAGAUUAUCAAAUCACUGAAUGUUCGAAGAAAUGCCAGCUCAAGUUCAACGCCAUUGCAGGUUGGCAAUGGGAACUUUGCAUUUGGGGCUGAUGUCACCGGUCUCCAAACCUUCGCCCCUUUCGCCAUCAUGUCCACCUGGGGUUGGCAUAACUUCAGCUUACCAACUACGGCACGGCAGACUUUGCCUGAUGACUUCACAGGACUUGACUGGUGGACCCAUGGAAAACUUGUUAACUAUGACAUGCCCAAUCCGGCUGAGAACGACAUCUCGAAUUGGCUGAUCAAGAACCCUCAACGUCUCAAUUUGGCAAGGACCGGAUUCACUUUCAGUGAUGCCAAUGUCACUGAGGCAAAUCUUCAACAAAAGACUCAGGAAUUAGACUUGUGGUCAGGCAAGAUCAGUUCAUCCUUCGUCUACAACGGUAGCUCUGUUGCCGUUGAGACAGUUGCAGAUCCAGCCUCUGAUACCGUCGCAAUCAGCGUGGAAUCGAAACUCUUCCAAGAUGGUAUGGGGAUAUUUUUUGAUUUCCCGUACUCUGAUCUCAACAAAUUCGACGCCCCAUUCGUGGGGGUUUGGAAUGCGACAUCCAAUCAUUCCACAAAAUUGACCACAAUCGACUCCCACUCUACUGAGAUCAAGCACACGUUGGAUGAGAAUAGCUACUAUGUGACGAUCAACUGGGAGACCCCAGGUGCCAUGUCCGGUCCAACUGAUGGAACGCAUCGCUACCACUUCCACUCGAAGAGCAGCCGUGUGCGCAUGACUAUUAGCUUUUCUCUCGAAGCAAGCAAGAAGAGCAAAGAGCUCAAAUUCAUAGACGUGAAGACCUCCUCUGCGUCUUGGUGGAAAUCCUACUGGUGCAAAGGGGCAUUCAUUGAUCUGUCAGCAGCAGCAGCAUUCAAUACCAGCGCCGCUGAGCUACAACGACGUACAAUCCUCUCGCAGUACCUCGUUGCCGUGAAUGAGGCGUCAUCAAACCCGCCCCAGGAGUCCGGCCUGGUUAACAAUGGCUGGUAUGGCAAAUUUCAUCUCGAGAUGAGUUUGUGGCACCUGGCUCAGUUCGCCCGCUGGAAUCACUUCGACCUGUUGGAGCGUAGCAUCCCUUCAAUCUAUGAGCGGCUUCUCCCUUCAGGCAUCGCACGUGCGAAAGGUCAGGGAUAUAAUGGAGCACGAUGGGGGAAGAUGACUGAUCCAACUGGCCGAUCUGCUCCUGGUGAGAUCAACGCCCUCCUUAUUUGGCAACAGCCGCACCCGAUGUAUUUUGCCGAACUUGAGUAUCGAGCCGAUCCAGGUCGCACAACACUGGCUAAGUGGGACGCUAUUCUGACCGAGUCUGCAAAUUUCAUGGCUUCGUUUGCCUGGUGGAACAGCACGACUGCUGUUUAUGAUCUUGGACCGCCCAUGUAUCCUGUCUCCGAGAAUACUUCUCCCAAUGUAACCGUCAACCCGACUUUUGAGCUGGCAUAUUGGCGCUUUGGACUGGAUAUCGCAGUUCACUGGAAACAACGCCAGGGCCAGACAGCCCCGAAAUUGUGGACUCGGGUUCUUGAGAACCUGGCGCCACUUCCAAUUGUUGACGGCGCUUAUGCCGUGUACGAAGGCAUCCCGAACAUGUGGACUAGCAACGACACGACGAACGAUCAUCCAGCAAUGACUGGCAUCUACGGCCUUUUGCCGCCGCCAUCAACCGGUCCGCCAAUAAAUUUGACCAUCGUGCAGAAUACAGCAGAGAAGGUCAAGAAGCUGUGGGCACUAGAGGAUUCAUACGGCUGGGAUUUCUCCAUGUUAGCCUUGAACUCUUUACGUCUGGGUAACAUUGACCAGGCAAUCGCAUAUUUAAUUGACCCGAUAUUUCAGUUUGACGAUGCUGGAUAUCCCGAGGGAGGUAGUCGAGUUCCGACACCGUACAUGCCAGAUGCCGCUUCUCUGCUGCUCGCGAUGGCCAUGAUGGCUGGAGGCUGGGACGAAGCCGAAGGAGCGCACUUUCCACCGGACUGGCCAGUAGAAGUUGACGGGUUUAGUCCUGCAAUGUGAUUUAUCGAACCAGUCAUUUGGCGGUGUCGAUCUAGCAAUAGAUUUCCGUGAUACACCAACGGCCUCUCUCAUCCUGACAAAUAAUUCGAGGGCUGUUGGCUGAUAAGAAAUCGUGAUACAGUUAGCCG